AAAAUAAAAUAAUCACGGACGGAGCUUCCAAAACUAAACAACAAACAAAAAUGUUUCUUUCUAUUAUUUGAAGAAAAAUCAUUCUCUAUCUCCAGAAAAUUAAAAACUAAUUGAAAUACAACUUUUUCAUGGGCGAAGGCAAAACAGGGCACUGAACUGUUGUGUUGAAUGUAAUAUACAUUCAAUUUUUGUUUUUAUUCAAUUUCUGUCUGUACAGCCGAAGCUGUAAAGUUAAAUAAUUUCGUUACAUAUAUCUUAUAAAAGAAAAGGAAGUUUCUUAUUCAUUUCUUGUUUAUAACAAUUGUGUAAAUAAACCUUGGAUACAUCCGCUAUGCGCUGGUUAUAUGCGAAGUUCAGUUUGUUACGUAUUCCUCAAAUAUGAGACCACUUGCUAAUGGGGCCACUAUGCGACCCUCCAUCUUGGUGACCGGCGGGGCGGGGUACGUCGGCUCUCACACGGUCAUAGCACUGUUAGAAAGAGAGGGAGAAUACAGCAAUUAUGAUAUCGUGGUGGUGGAUAACCUCGUCAAUGCUUACAGUAGAGCCCCAAACGAGAAGAAACCAGAGUCGAUACGAGUUAUUGAAGAGUUGACGAACAAAACUAUACAUUUCUAUCCUUUGGACAUCAGAGACGCCGAAGGGCUGAGUAUAGUCUUCGAAAAUCACAGUAUAGACUGCGUGAUCCACUUCGCAGCGUUGAAGGCAGUCGGGGAAUCCGUAGAGAAGCCUCUAGAAUACUACCAGGCUAAUAUCACUGGCACUUGUACCCUAUUCGAGGUGAUGCGCAAAUAUGGCGUGUACAAAUUAGUGUACAGUUCAUCGUGCACCGUGUACGGGGAGCCGGAAAGGCUGCCUUUGGACGAGGGCCACCCGACUGGCAGGACUCUGACCAGCCCGUACGGACGGUCGAAGUACUUUUGCGAGGAGAUUAUGAAAGAUUUGUGCACUAGUGAUAAGAAAUGGAUGGUGAUAUCGCUCCGCUACUUCAACCCCGUGGGCGCCCACCGCAGCGGCCGCAUCGGGGAGGACCCCAGCGGGAUCCCCAACAACCUCAUGCCUUUCAUAGCGCAGGUGGCUGUAGGUCGUCUGAGCGAACUGAAAGUAUUCGGCAACGACUACAACACUGUCGACGGCACGGGCGUGAGGGACUACAUUCACGUCGAGGACUUAGCCGAGGGUCACGUGAAAGCUAUCAAGCUGUUCCAGCAGCCUGGCUUCAACGGAUUUCAUGCUGUCAAUUUGGGUACCGGUACUGGAUAUUCAGUUUUACAAAUGAUAGCGGCCUUCGAAGCCGCUAGCGGUCGGAAGAUUCCGUACAAAAUCGUUGGCCGUCGCUCCGGGGACAUAGCUGCGAACUAUGCUGACGUCUCGCUCUCGCACAGGAUGCUGGGGUGGAGAGCGACAAGGACGCUAGAUGACAUGUGCGCGGACACAUGGCGGUGGCAGAGUUCUAACCCGAAUGGUUUCAAGAAAGUAUAGAAACUUUUUAAUGCAGAGAAUGGAAGUUUAUUGAACGUGGUAAACACUUAUUGAAUUCUUGUAAUAUACCAAAGUAUAUCAAAUGUUAACUUUUCAGUUCAAUUAUUUCUUAACUUGCAAGCCGUUCAAGGGUAGCAUAUAUUUAUAAUUUUUUCAAUAAUAGCAUUACUUUUAACUCCCAGUGAAGCUUCAAACGAAUAUUUUAGAAGCUGGAGAUAUCUUUUCAAGCCUAUUUUUUACCAUGUGUCAAUUCAAUUCAGAUUAUUCUAAAAUGUGUCUUGUGUAGGAAAUGAAUUUAAUUUAUAUAUUAUUUAAGUGCCAUUGUUUGAAUCCAAAAAUAUGUAACGUUCCUAUUGUGUUGCCAUAAUUUAUUUUGAAUGUUAUAUUUUUCUACCAAAAAGUGUUAAUUUUAACCAAAGCAUACCAAAGUAAUGUUUACCAGUGAGGUAAUUAUUUUAUUAUGAAACAAUAUUUAUUAUUAUUACAUUCAUAAAUAUGAUUUAUUUCAUUAAUUCCAAAGAGAGAAAAGGGUUGAAUAGUCAAUAGCGGUAGCAAAUAGGUAUACCCAUAUGUAUAGCUUAGAGUAUAUUAAAUUAUAAUUAAUUAAGAGUAUAUGUAAUACCAAAAGCUAAAGCUAUCAUUGUUUUUUUUUGUUAAAAUUUAUAUUUGGUGCUUAUGGUCGUACGACCGAAUAUAUUUUUGCAUUUAUUGUAACUUUAUCAUUCCCUUUAAUGCAUUAUAUGACUAAAAACAAGUGUAUUUAUAUUUUUAAAGCGGUGCUGCCUUUUUGUUGAUGUUAUAACUGUAAAACGUAAUAUAUUAUUAUUGACAUAUUAA